CGUACCUAUAGGACAUAGUUCUAGGCACUAUAUAAGCGCCAGAUAUCUUACAUUUAGACACAUAUCAAGCCCUAGAGCUUAGUAAACAAACGUAUCUUAGUAUCCUAGGAUAAAACCACAAAAUGUUCGCUAAGACGAUAGUAGCGUGCGCUUUGCUCGCCGUCGCCCGGGGUGGCUUGCUCGCCGGCCACGGAGCUAUUUCCUCACAGAGCAUCGUGCUUGGUCACCCGGCUCCGGCCGUCGCUGCUCCAGCGAUCAGCUAUGGAGGCUAUGGUGGCUAUGGAGGAUAUGGUCUAGGUCACGGCGCGGUCGUGGCGCAUGCGGCGCCGGUUUACCACGCGCCCGUCGCGCACGCCGUUGCCCCUGUUGAAGUAUAUUCCCACCCCCGCUACCAAUUCAAUUACGGUGUUGCCGACGGCCACACUGGUGACCACAAGAGCCAAUGGGAAGCGCGUGAUGGUGAUGUCGUCAAGGGCCAGUACCAACUAGUUGAGCCUGACGGUACCGUCCGUACUGUCAACUACUCCGCUGACGACCAUAAUGGAUUCAACGCGGUAGUAAGCAGACAGGGUCACGCAGCGCACCCCGCGCCCGCGGUGGCCGUCGCGCACGCGCCUGUCGCGCUCGCCCCAGCACAUGGCGGCCUCCUCCACGGCCUCCACGGCUAAACGACAUCUUCUCUCUAGCUUCUCUCUCACUUAGGAUAAGCUCACGAUGUAUAUGAAUGCUUGGUAACGGUACAACGAACGCUUGAGGCACAGCGUUUCAUAAGGUGUAUCUCAGGGACGGUGGCCCAAGUCAUUACGCUCCAUUCGAGUCUUGACUAUUGUAUUAUACUUUCUUGUAGUUUUAAGCUUUCAUUUCAUUUCGUUAUACAUUUUAUGAAACGUUAGAUAAUGCCUGCGGGGUGCUGGGUGUGGACUCCGGUGUAAUGCUCAGUGUUAAAUAUAUUUUUUUUCAUAUAA